AUGGCCCUACCAAUAAAAAAAUUAGAACUUGCCCACCCCCAAACAACUCAAGCUUCACCCCUACCUCAACCCUACCCCAGACUCAACCUAAACUUAAAUCGCGCCCCAAGUCUCAACCUUAUCCUCAACCUCUGUCCUGUCCCAAGACUCAACCUUAUCCUCAUCUUCAGUCCUGUCCCGAGACUCAACCAUAUCCUUAAUCUCAGUCCUGUCCCAAGACUCAACCUUAUCCUCAUCUUCAGUCCUGUCCCAAGACUCAACCUUAUCCUCAACCUCAGUCCUGUCCCAAGACUCAACCUUAUCCUCAACCUCAGUCCUGUCCCAAGACUCAACCUUAUCCUCAACCUCAGUCCUGUCCCAAGACUCAACCUUAUCCUCAACCUCAGUCCUCCUUCCUUUUUCUCCCAAUUUUCUUCUUCCUUCCUCUUCCUUCCCUGUAUCCCAAGAAUCAACCUUACCCUCAACCUCAGUCCUGUCCCAAGACUCAACCUUACCCUCAACCUCAGUCCUGUCCCAAGACUCAACCUUACCCUCAACCUCAGUCCUGUCACAAGACUCAACCUCAGUCCUGUCCCAAGACUCAACCUUACCCUCAACCUCAGUCCUGUCACAAGACUCAACCUUAUCCUCAACCUCAGUCCUUUCCCAGAUCAACCCUUAUCCUCAAUCAUCAGUCACUGUCCAAGACUCAGACUAACUAUCCAAACCUCAUCCUGUGCAAGACUCAAACCAUCCGCAACCUCAGUCCUGUUCCCAAGACUCAACCUUUAUCCUCAAACAUCAGUCCUGUCACAAGAACUCAACUUAUCCUCAACCUCAGUCCUGUCCCAAGGCCAAACACUAUCCUCAACCUCAGAUCCCUUGGUCCAAGGACUCAAACCUUACCUAAACCUCAGUCUUCUGUCACAAGAACUCAACAUUAUCCUCAACCUCAGUCCUGUCCCAAGACUCAACCUUAUCCUCAACCUCAGUCCUGUCCCAAGACUCAACCUUACUCAACCUCAGUCCUGUCCCAAGACUCAACCCCUUGUCCCAACCCAGUCCUGUCCCAAGACUCAAACCUUAUACCUCAAAACCUCAUUAAGUGCCUGUCCAAGACUCAUAACCUACCCUCUUACCUCAGUCCUGUCCCCAAGACUCACCUUAUCCUACCUCAAGUCCUGUCACAAGACUCAACCCUUCCAGUCCCUGUCCCAAAGGACUCACCUUUACCCUCAACCUCGUCCUGUCACAAGACUCAAACCUUCUCCUCACCUCCAGUCCUGUAAACUAAGAAACUCAACCUGGAUUCCCUCACCUCAGUCCUGUCCACAAAGACUCAACCUUAUCCUCAACCUCAGUCCUGUCACAAGACUCAACCUUAUCCUCAACCUCAGUCCUGUCACAAGACUCAACCUUAUCCUCAACCUCACUCCUGUCCCAAGACUCAACCUUAUCCUCAACCUCACUCCUGUCACAAAGACAACUUUUAUCCUCAACCUCAGGUCUGUCCCACGACUCACCCUAAUUCCUAAAACCUCAGUCCCCUUGGGUUCCCAAGACUCAACCUUAUCCUCAACCUCAGUCCUGUCCCAAGACUCAGACUCAACCUUAUCCUCAACCUCAGUCCUGUCCCAAGACUCAGACUCAACCUUAUUCCCAACCUCCAGUAAGUCUUUUCCCAAUGCCCCCAAGAUCACCUUAUUCCUCAACCUCAGUCCUUGUCCCAAGACUCGACUCAACCUUAUCCUCAACCUCAGUCUUGUCCCAAGAACACAAACCUCAACCCUGAAUCCUCAACCUCAGUCCUGUCCCAAGACACAGACUCAACCUUACCCAAUCAGUUUGUCCCAAGAACAAAUCAACCUUAUCCUCAACCUCAGUCUUGUCCCAAGACACAGACUCAACCUUAUCCUCAACCUCAGUCCUGUCCCAAGACUCAGACUCAACCUUAUCCUCAAACCUCCGUAUGUCCCAACCAGACUUCAACCUAUCCUCAACCUCAGUCUUGUCCCAAGACACAGACUCAACCUUAUCCUCAACCUCAGUCUUGUCCCAAGACACAGACUCAACCUUAUCCUCAACCUCAGUCCUAUCCCAAGACUCAACUUUAAUCCUGCCCAAAGACCCAACCUUAACCUUAACCCAAUUCUGCACCAAGACAACCUCAACCUCCAUCCUGCCCCCAAAGACAACUUUAACCUUAACCUCCAUCCUGCUCCCAAGACAACCUCCUUUUUUUAA